GAGCACUGAGUAUCCAGGAGAAAUAUCAAAUGUACCUGCUGUCAUGGAAGCUGAGAACUAUGGUGGUCAUGAUAAUCAAGGUGAAGAGGUUGGACUUGAACAUAAUUGUAGCUCUUCCUUCGGAGUAGAUGGUUUUACGUCAACUAUUGACAUGGCUGUGGAUAACAUUCCAGUGGUUUUCCCACUGGAAAGCACUUUAAACAGUAGCUACCCUCAAUAUGGAACAAAGGUUGAUGAUCCUGACACAAACCAUAGUGAUGCAACAGAACAAUUUGAUACUGCCUUCCCCAUUGAAGAAGCUAGGGUCGAGGAUGGUGAAAAAUCGCUUGUUUCUCAUCAGAGAUCUUUACAUGGUGAACAGGAAGAUGUCUCGUCAUCUGCUGAUACACCUUGUGGCAAGCUUGAAAUCAGUAUUGAAAAAGAACAUCCACAAGCUAUGGAUGACAUCUACUGA